AGAGGGCAGCACCUCACCCUGCUCAUCAGCUAUGCUUUCCCUCUGUCACCAAGGGCGUUCCAAGUGUCUGAUUUGAAGUGGUCCCACCCACGUAAAAAGGUUUCCCUCUAGGCUUAUCAGCGCUCUCCUCGCACUCUUCCGCCUCACCUACUUUGACGUGGACAGCCUUCUCCCAUCCAAAGUCCUCUCCUAACCUUCCUUCACCCUGGAGUCCCUUCCAGUUGAAGGCCCCGAGCCUUCCAAGUCCCAUUCUUCAUUAUUGCACAAGGCCAAAAGCUCGGCGUUCCUUGCUAAGAUGUCAGGCGAGGGCCUAAAGGGCUCGGUAGGCGUGGUGGAAGCACCGGCGGUGGGUGUCACCACACCCACCCUCAAUCUGACGGGCUGCGGCUUAAAUCCCCCCAUUGUCAUCAAGGGCUCCGCCUCGCAGUAUGUGAAAUUGAACGUGGGUGGGUCCUUGUACUAUACGACCAUUGGCACGCUCACCAAACACGAUACAAUGCUCCGAGCGAUGUUCUCGGGACGCAUGGAGGUGUUGACCGAUGCCGAGGGCUGGAUCAUGAUUGACCGAUCCGGCAAGCAUUUCGGGUCCAUCCUCAACUUCCUCCGGGAUGGCAACGUGAGUUUGCCGGAGACGAAACGCGAGCUGAACGAGCUGCAAGCCGAAGCCAAGUACUUUUGCAUUUCCGAUCUGGCCGAGGCUUGCGACAAGAAUCUCAAAGCCUUCAAGGACAAGGAGUCAGAUGUGGUUCCGAUUUGUCGGGUGCCCUUAAUCACUUCGCAAAAGGAGGAGCAAGCCUUGAUCUCGGCCAAUGCCACCAAACCCGUGGUCAAGUUGCUGAUCAAUCGACAUAACAACAAGUACUCGUACACGGGCGCGUCGGAUGACAAUAUCCUCAAGAAUAUCGAGCUCUUCGACAAGCUGAGUCUUCGCUUCUCGAACCGCGUGCUGUUCAUCAAGGAUGUGAUUGGUUCCAACGAGAUUUGUUGCUGGAGUUUCUACGGCCAUGGGAAGAAGAUUGCCGAGGUGUGUUGCACCGCCAUCGUUUAUGCCACCGAUCGGAAGAACACCAAGGUCGAGUUUCCAGAGGCCAGGAUAUACGAGGAAACCCUCAACUGUCUGUUGUACGAAAACAGCAAGGGUCCGGAUCAAGAACUCAUUCAGGCCACCUCCACGCGAUUUCAGGGUAGCUCCUAUACCAGCGAUGAUGAAGAUGAACGUCAUAAAGUGGGCAAUGCCUCGAAUGGGGCCGUGGGCGGGGGUCAUGGGCAUCAUUCUGGACACGGAUCGGGCGCCCACGGGCCUUCAGAGAGUAGAGGAGCGUCUGGUCUGUCUAGAUUGCGCUCUAGUAAGAAUAACUGACACAUCGUCAUGAUGGUCCAUCCAGAAACCACGGCGGCGCAUCGCCGAAAUCUACUUCUCCGCUCAUGGACCGCACCGCGACAAAAUGAAGCAAAUUAAGGUUGUUCGACAGAAAGGGAGACUCCAAACUCUCACGCGUCAGAUUGAUUUAUGUAAUAAUGCGCUAAAUAAGCCGUGGCCCGAGGAGUAUUGUAGUUGGUCAUGGUUGAGCUCAACGGUAAAGAGAAAAUCUUUCCUAGAUCUUGCCAAGUACAUACAUAUGGAGUACCCAUCGUUAAAUGUUCCCACCCCUAUGUGAAAAACCACUCACCUACCCUACAUACACAUUAGCACAAAACUCGCAUCCUAAUUAGACAACUCAAGUCAAAAGUAGAAUUGUGAUAUCGCUCCAGAUCUACAGAAUAUUGCAGAUUAUAUACAUACCUGUUCUAAAUUGGAAGAAAUAUAUAUAUAUAUUGGAAUGUA